AUGUCGCACUUUCUCUACUUGACUCCACAAAUCCUUCUGCCCUUUAGCCCUCUUACUUCUCAGGAGUUUGACCUGAUCAGACGCAAGGCUGGAGCAUCUUGGCAGAAGGAAACGAAAUGGUCAGAUUCUUCUCUGACAACCUACAAGGGCAGUUACCGAAGGAAAGAACUGGAUAAAUCCGAAAGCGGCCAAUUUUGUUCGGAAGCAGGAAAGCAGAGGCCUGAGUGUCGCCAGAUAUCACUGCCAAGGGCCUCUGCCUACGGUCCUAAACUCGGCAGGUAUGGUCCCCAAGACACUGCAGGUGGUAAAGAACUAUUCCCUCAGAUAACCAGUUCCUUUCAAAAGCCACUUGAUGUCAAGCACAGAGUGGCACACCAGAUUCUGUUUCGUGAUCUUUCUGCAGCACCUCCAAAUUCUGUGAGGACGAAAAAACCAGCACCAGAGAACCCGGUGAGGGCCCAUCAACAAAGGACAGCCUUCCUGCUGAGAUGUCCCCGGCAACCACGAAAUUCAUCCAGCAAGCCUGAUUCGUCCGAGGAUUCGGAUGCUGAUCAAUACUACGUUUACAGCCUGGGGGGACCCUUGUGGUAA